GGUGCCGGCGGCCACCGGAGGAGACCCAGUCCUGCCAGCACGGCUCCUGGCCUGCGGCCUCGGCCCGGCCGCGUCCUCCCUGCUCAGGGAGCAGCGUAAGGCCGUGGGGAGCGCCCUGAACGCCCAGGCCGCAGUGCGCGAUGCCUCUCUUCGGGAACACCUUCAGCCCGAAGAAGACCCCCCCCAGGAAAUGCGCCUCUCUCUCCAACCUGCACCUGCUGGAUAGAUCUACCCGUGAGAUUGAGCUGGGCCUGGAGUAUGGCACCCCCACUAUGAACCUUGCUGGCCAGAGCCUGAAGUUUGAAAAUGGCCAGUGGGUGGCAGAAUCAGGAAGCUUCACAGGGGAUCGCAGAGAAAUGCAGCGCUUGCGCAAACGGAACCAGCAGUUAGAGGAAGAAAACAACCUCCUUCGGCUGAAAGUGGAUAUUCUGCUGGACAUGCUCUCCGAGACCACAGCUGAGUCCCACCUGAUGGAGAAGGAGCUAGAGGAACUAAGGAACCACAGCCGGAGGAGGAAGUGAAGAGGAAGAGGUGGCUGGAGGAUGGGGAAGCCAGGAGGCUUGCCCCUGAGUCUCGGCUGCCCGCACACAGGCGAUGCUGGGCCAUCUUAGGCCUCCUAGCCGUGUUGGUACUUGUGUGUAGGUACUUUGUUCCAUGGGACUGCGAGUAACAAGAUGCCUCCAGCAUUGUGUGGUGCUGUAGGUACUGUGUAACAGCUGGCCCCGCGCCCAGACACCGUUAAUUAACAUGUUUUUUCUCAGAGCACUUUACCUCGCUACAUUUCCUAGCCAUAGCCCAGCUGUGGGUACCCUCUGUCCUAAGGCAGCUGGAAAACAGGUGGUGAAGAAGAUCCACCUCCGGGUGGCCCCCUCCUCACCCUCUCUGCUUAAAAAUGCAGAGACCUCCACCCCGCACCAAAUCGCCCCUCCUGGGGAGCCUCCAGGGGCCUGUACGAGUUUCACCUCUUGCCAUUGGCGAGCAGGAUGCUGGAGUUGCUUGUUCUCAAGAGUUUUGCAUAUUUUACAUAAAAAUUCACCUUUAAACCCAGA